AUGAGCCACAGCCCCGAGAGAAUCUCCUCGUACCGCCGACACUUCGAGGACAGCAGCGCCUCCUCCUACCAGGUGCGGGUGACGAGCCCGUCCCCGACCCGCCGGGACACCUGCCGCCGCUCCGCCAGCUACACCCGCAGCGCUGCGGCCACCAGGCUGCACGCCGAGGCCGUGGGCCGCAGAACCACCUCCGCCACACGGAGGCCCUACAUGGCCAGAAUGACCAUGGGCGCGAUCUGCUACGCACCCGGAAUGGGAGAAGCGAUUGAUAUUGAAACGGCUAAGGCCCAGAAUCAGGAAUUCCUCAGCACGCGCACCAGCGAGCGCAAGGAGAUGAUCGUGCUGAACGACAGACUGGCGGCCUACAUCGAGAAGGUUCGGACACUGGAGCAGCAGAACAAGCUCCUGGAGACGGAGAUUGAGGCCCUGCAGAACCGUUAUGUAAGGCCGUCAGGCUUGCGGAUGCUGUACGAGGCACAGCUGAAAGAACUGAAGAGGGUCGCUGACCAGACGAGAAUGCAGCGGGAUAUGGCCAUUGCCGCUAAAGAGGCCAUGGCAGGUCAGCUCGAGUCACUCAAAGUGAAAUAUGAGGAGGCGCUGGAACUGAGAAAGAAGGCUGAGCUGGAGAUCGAAGCUUUCCGCCCGGAUGUUGAUGCGGCUACCUCUGCGCGCAUCGCCCUGGAGAAACAGCUGGAGAAUUUGGAGGUGGAAAUUGAGUUCCUGCAGAGGGUGCACAAACAGGAAAUCGAGGAACUGAUGAAACAGAUAUAUAAAGCAUCUGCCACAGUUGACGCCACCUUCUCCGUUCCCGACCUUUCGGCCGCUCUCAAGCAAGUGCAGGAGGAAUAUGACUGCAUUGCUGCCAAGAACUUACAGGAAAUGGACUCUUGGUAUAAAACGAAAUUCGAAGAUCUAAACCAGGCUUCUACAAGACACGUGGGCCAAGUUCGAACUGUGAGAGAGGAAAUUGCCAGCGCAAAGAAAGAUAUUCAAAGCAAAGAGCGGGAUCUCGAGGCCCUGAGGACUAAGAAUGAGGCGCUGGAAGUGCAGAUCCGCGAGGCACAGGAGAAGUACAGGAAGGAGCUGGAGGCUCUACAGGCAAAGAUAGAGAGCCUGCAGCUGGAGCUGAAAUCCACCAAGGAGAAAAUUGCAUUGCACCUGCGUGAGUACCAGGAUCUGCUGAACAUCAAGAUGGCCUUGGAGAUUGAAAUCACCACAUACAGGAAGCUGAUCGAGGGCGAGGACUUGCGGCUGUCGGGCAUGGUGCAGAGCCUGUCGCUGAUGGGCGGCGGCAUCAGCGCCGUGAGCGGUGGCGGCCUGGGCGUCGGCUUUGGCAGCGGGAUGGGCGUCGGCCUUGGCGGAGGCCUGGGCGUCGGCAGCGGGAUCGGCGGACAGGGCAAAAUGGGAGCCAUUGAGGGCUACUCCACUGAGCAAGCAGUGGAAAUGACUGAGAGGAAGACUGUGCUCAUCAGAACAGUUAAAGGAGAGGACGAUACAAUGCAAAGCGACACGCAGGAGAGAACCAUCACCAUCUCCGGUGCAGCCGAUGACACAGAUGAAGAGUAG